AUGGCACCAAAAGACCUCGAAGUCGGCGCUCCAAAGGAAGACGCAAACGACAGAGACAUCGAAGAGCCGGCAGAAGAGCUCAGAGAAGACACAGAAGACGCGCCGCUCGGGAAGAGGACGACGAGUCGAGCGGUGGCUCCCGGAGAGGACGCAGAGGAAGAUCCAGAAGUCGGUCCCGAAGCAGAUCUAGAAGUAGGAGUGGGAGCCGACGCAGAGGCAGAUCUAGCCAUCGCCGCAGAUAAUGUCAUUCACACGACACACACCUCAUUAGACAUCACAUCCAAGUCUAUGUCUUCGCCAUCAAACCUAUGCAGCAUAGGUGCCAAUAAACUAGAUUUGUGUCUAACAAAUUACUAUCUGGAUGACGCCAUUCUUUGUCGUCGCAAUACAACACUCAUAACCUUUGGUCAACACUCGUAUAAGUCAGCGAUCAUUGUUAGUGCCGUCCAGUCGUCCGGUGCUUACAGACCUUCCCUUAGAUGUAGUCUUUUGGUGAAAGUGCCGCCAAAUUAUGGCAUUAAUGUUAUUAAACGAAUGAUAAAUCUGAGGACAAACCUGAGUCCAGAAAAUCACUCAAACAAAAGGGUCACAAACUUUACGCCAAAAGACGAACUCAUCAUAAGUUUGGACCGAAAUUCUGUGAAAUCCUUUACCGGCGAAGACUACGACGAAACGGUGUACUCGAGUGACAAGAAUGAGGUUUUGCUCACAUUUAUCACCUCUUCGUCCAAAAACGCAACGUUUGGAAAAAACUUUGAACUCAUUUUCACGGCAUUCAUGUUCACCUCAAGCAGCAAUGGGUGCGACGAUCACAACGAUUGGUUCAAUUGCGGUGACAAACGGUGUGUCCAAAAGAGUCUCAUUUGCGAUAACAUCAGUAAUUGUGUGGCGGCUCAAGACGAGAGCGACAACUUGUGUGGGAAGUGGUGCUCAAAGCACCGGCAGGUGUUUUGGAUGCUUUUCAUCGUGGGCUGGGCUAUCAGUACGUUCUUCAUUAUCCUUACGCUCAUUAUAAAAACGGUGUUAAACAUUGUAUAA